UUUUUUAUAAAUAAACUGAAGUGAUAAGUGAUUUGUUUUGUAUAAUUAUUAUUGUAUUUAUUCUUGUAGGUGGCGAUUAUUGAUAGUGCCAAAAACAUGAGAAGAGAAAAUAUAUAAAUGAUAUUGUUGAGAUUGCAAUGGAUUUAGUAUCUUCCUUCAAAUAUUUAUCAGUUAAUAAGGAAUCUUCCCAAGUAAAAAGCUUUGCUGCUGUAAUCUGUGGAAAUCAUACAGAAUUCUUUCUCACUCAUUUCCCAAAUUGCAUAAAUUUGGUAAUUACACAGUUGGGAAAAAUUGGAAAUCUAUAUGAAGUUAAAGUGGAUCAACCAGAAAAUGGCUUAAGUAUCUCUGAACCUACUUAUAGUAUCACAACUUUACUGGGAGCAGAAAAUAUUGAUGCUGAAGUUGCUGUAAGAUACCUCACAGAGAAAUUGGGAAUCAGGAAACAUUUAAUACUGUGUUUGAGUCUAAAGGAUUACACUAGAAAUUCUGUUGAUAAAAUUGUUGAGGCCAUUCAGAAGUAUCCCACUCAUUAAAAUUUUACUUAAUAAUGGCUUUGUUGAAGAAAAUAAAGAAAGCAGAAAGUUACUUUGGACAGGUCGUAAUUGGACCGCCAGGUUCUGGAAAAACAACUUAUUGCGGAAAAGUCUAUAAAUUCUAUAAAAACAAACUUAACCGAAAAGUAGAGGUUGUGAAUUUGGACCCUGCUAACGAUAAUAUGAAAUACAGUCCAAAAAUAGAUAUAAUGCAGCUUAUAACUGUUGAAGAUGUUAUGAAGAAUCUGAAUUUGGGACCCAACGGUGCUUUAAUGUACUGCAUGGAAUACUUGGAGGAAAAUUUUGAUUGGCUCCUGAACCAACUGGUUCAGGUAAAGGAUAGUUACCUAAUUUUUGACAUGCCAGGACAAGUUGAACUAUACAGUCAUCAUAACUCAAUUAAAAACAUUUUUCAAAAGUUAGAGAAGCUGAGUUAUCAUCUAUGUGCAGUUCAUUUUGUGGAUUCACAUUAUUGUUCUGACCCUCCUAAGUUCAUUUCCACUUUGCUACUUUCGCUAGCCACAAUGAUGCACGUUGGAUUGCCUCACGUCAAUGUAUUGAGUAAGGCUGACAUAUUGAAGAAGAAUGCUUCCAAACUAGACUUUGGUUUAGAUUUUUACACAGAUGUACUUGAUUUAGAUUAUUUACUGGAAUUACUUGAUGAAGGACCUUUCACCAAGAAAUUCAAGAAGUUGAAUGCAGCCAUGGUUGGAUUAGUGCAAGAUUAUAGUCUAGUGGCUUUCAUCCCGCUAGAUGUCAAAUCUGACAAAAGUUUGUUAGAGCUGAAAAAUGCGAUUGAUAAGGCUAAUGGAUACAUUUAUGGCAGCGGAGAAGAAAGAAGUAUACAAGCAUUACUGUCAUGUGCUGUGGGAGCUAGAACAGAAUCAGAAAGAUUUGAUGCUGAUUACAUGUGACUGCAUGUUUUUAUGGGACAAUAAAUAAAAUCAUUUGGUGAUAGA